AUCUAAAACUUAUAUUACAAUUUUUUCAUGCGCUGCAUUGUUUUCGAAUUAUUAUUGAUCAAAUAUGAAAUUUGACAGUAAAAGUUGAUAAUUGGCAUAGGGCCUGGAUCAAGUCUCCGUGACGUAACUUAAGGAACAAGUCAAGCGCUUGUUAUCAACGAUUAGAUGGCGGAGUUGAAUUCUGAUUCGGAAAGCACUCAUAGUUCGCAAUGUGAUUCGGAGUAUGAUUAUAUUCCCGGUUAUGUCAUCGAGGACGAAACAAGGAACAUUAAUGACCAGGAAUAUAAUAUAAUAGAUGAAAAUCACGGCGAGUCCGAGUCCUAUCUAUACGCUGAUGAACCAAUGGCCGAACAAGCAUGGUAUGAAGACUACGUGGAAAAGUCAAAUGAACAUAAAAAGCAACUUGAAAUGCUACAAAAAAGACUUGAUCACACAGUUGAGUUGAGUUCUUGGUGCAAGUGUGGUUUUUGUCAAGUUACACUUCUUCAGAAUCCUCAAGAGGCCUGGUGCUGCCAAGAACUUAAGCCUGUAGCUGAAAGCUUAACACACCAGUCGGUUCUGGCAGAUCUGUCAACUAUUCCAUGUUGCGUUACUCUACACCCAGGUUUCAGACCAGUUUGUUUGGAAAAGUGGUCGCUAAAAAUGGCUGCUAGGAAAUACAAAACCAAAGAACAAAGACGAUACAGAGAAACAGGAUCUGAAAACAUGUUUUUACGAUGUGUUGCAUACAGAGAAUUCACAUCUAUGAUUUAUGGAUGCUUAGGAGAAGAAAUAGGACUAUUACCAGCAUGUGCAUACCAUGCAAUAAGAUCAAAAUUUAAUGAUAAAAAGUUGGAAUUUAGAGGGUACGAAGAAAAUGAAAUGAGUGAUGUGAAAAUUAAGUUUUCCUAUUUUUUGGGCAAUCUGCCACAUGUUUGUGACCUUUCAUUGGCUUCUUGCAUGUCAAACAUUUUGGCUGACUUUUUUCUUUUGAAACUGCCACUUUUGACUGACAGCUGA